GUCAAAAAUAACCACCGUAUAAAAGCACACUUGAAAAAUAGCAAAAAAAUUUUUUUUUUUAAAAUAUAGCCAACUUUUUACUUAUUUGGACGAAGAUACCCUUAAUGAAGAUUUUGUUUAUUUUUGUUUUUCUUCUCUAUCAAAAAGCAUGUUUUUCUUUUGGUUUGUUUUGUGGUUUUUGGUUGCUUCUUACUUUCCCUUUCGAAGCUUUCCCUCUCAACAGCUAGGGUUUCUUUCCCCUUGCCCUUUCGAAAAGCUCGAUCAGAUCACUGUAACCUGAAUCGUGACUUGCGUGUACAACUGGCACAUCAACAACAGAACCUAUUGACUCUUCAAGCACAGUCCUUUGCAGUACAUGCCUCCCCAACCCUUUCUUCAGUUACCUCUCUAUUGACUCCUCCAUCUUCUGCCCAACCAAAUGAGAAACACAAAUCCAGAUCCUCUUUCUUAGGUGGAAAUUGUUUCACUUCAGAGUCUAAGAAAAAAGGGGCUGAUGAAGCAGUUAAAUAGCUUUGCCAGACAGUGAAGGCAUUAGAAGCAGAAAUUGAGAAAAUCAAAAAAAGAUCACACUUCACAAUUAAAGAAAAAGGAUGACCUCAUUCGCAAGCUUUCGAGGAAGAAUGAAAAACCAGUGGAAGGACUACAAGGGGAGGGGGCAAAGAGGGUAGUCACAAAGGCCAGAUUGAGGUCAAAGGAGCCAAGCACAGGGGAGUUGAAGAGCCCAAGUCACCAUUUUCGGUCACCAGUCCCAACAGCUAAGAAACGAAGCUUUUGGGACAUAACAACGGCUAACAGUCCUUCAAUUGCUUCAUUAAAUGGAAGGAAAACUAGAAGCCAUGUCAUUUCUGGACCCUUUGCUGUUCCAUCCAUGCUUCUUCAGGGAUCAAAAGUCAACUUGAUCAUGACAGACUAUUGUAUGCCAGGGAUGAGUGGCUAUGAUUUACUCAAACGAGUCAAGGGAUCUUCAUGGAAAGAUGUACCAGUUGUGAUAAUGUCAUCAGAGAAUGUACCAUCCAGAAUAAACAUGUGCUUAGAAGGAGGUGCUGAGGAGUUCCUCUUAAAACCCGUUCAGUUAUCAGAUUUGAAGAAGCUUUAGCAUUACCUUCUGAAAUCCUUCCGUUCUUGUAUGUGGUCAACAUAGAAGGAAAUCAUUAUUAUGUUACUUUUCUUAUAAGCAGCAAGAUUCAUUCGUUCUUUUCGUUUUCUUUUUUACCUUUCAAUGUUAUUUUGUCCCAAUCUCUUAUUGACUAAAAUGUAUUUAGAGAGCAAGUCCUAUUAUUUCUUCUCUCCUUGUAACCUAAGCUUGUUAAUCAC